CGCGAGCCAUGGAGGAGACGCCGCCCCCGGGCGGCAGCAAGCCGCACCUGGAGAAGCUGACCCUGGGGAUCACCCGCAUCCUCGAAUCUUCCCCAGGUGUGACAGAGGUGACUAUCAUAGAAAAACCACCUGCUGAACGUCAUAUGAUUUCUUCAUGGGAACAAAAAAAUAACUGCAUGCUACCUGAGGAUGUGAAGAAUUUUUACCUGAUGACCAAUGGCUUCCACAUGACAUGGAGUGUGAAGCUGGAUGAACACACCAUUCCAUUGGGCAGCAUGUCAAUUAACAGCAUCUCAAAACUGACUCAACUCAACCAGUCUUCCGUGUACUCACUCCCUAAUGCACCAACUCUGGCAGACCUGGAGGAUGAUACACUUGAAGCCAGUGAGAACCAGCCAGAGAAGCCUCACUUUGAUUCUCGCAGUGUGAUAUUUGAGCUGGAUCCUUGCAAUGGGAAUGGGAAGGUUUGCCUUGUCUACAAAACAGGGAAACCAGCAUUAGCGCAAGACACUGAGAUCUGGUUCCUGGACAGAGCAUUAUACUGGCAUUUUCUCACAGAUACAUUUACCGCUUACUAUCGCCUGCUCAUCACGCACCUGGGCCUGCCACAGUGGCAGUGUGCCUUCACCAGCUAUGGCAUUAGCCCCUAAGCCAAGCAAUGAUUCAACAUGUAUAAACCCAUCACCUACAACACAAACCUGCUUGCAGAAGAGACCAACUCCUUCGUGAACAAGCUGGAUCCCAGCAGAGUAUUCAAGAGCAAGAACAAGACAUUAAACCCCAAAAAGAAAGGGCCUGUCCAGCCUCCAGGUGGCCAGAAAGGGCCCUCGGGUCAUCCCUCCACUUCUAAAUCCUCUUCUAGCCGUGGCAACCCUGUCCAGAAAUGA